AUGCCGAUCGCUGCCAUCCAUUGUCCGGCAGAGGACUUCGUGGAGGAUGCAGAGCCGGUUUACAUUGCCCGGGCCUGGAAGCGUUUGCUCCGAUGCGACAUCCUCAUGUCUAGAAGAGGCGCUCCUCUCUGUCAUAACUUACCUGUGACCGUGUCUUUUACCGAGCUGGCCAAUGCGAGGUUCCAUGGGUUGCAGAUAUAUAUUUCGGAGAACGUUCAAUUCCUCCGAAAAGAUGGUGUUGUUUCCUACCUCGGACCUUUCAAGAGGAGACUCCUAUAUGAAGCGGCGGAAGAUUUUGUGCCCACUUUGCCGCCCUAUAGGUUGGGUGAAUAUGAUGACCACCUUUCAGAAAAGAGCGGCUUUGGUGUACAAGAGAGUGUGGUGCUUUCGGAAUGCGAGGACAAACCCGUGACCUCCGAGGGCAUGACGCUGAAUAUCGACUUGGCAUUACCCACCUGCCAGGACCAUUCUGAGGAUAAUUGGAUGCACUUUAGCACUGAGUACAAGAGCGCAAGAGUGUCCCAUUGGCUUGAUUUUGUGUUUUCCAUGUCCAGACAUGGGGCGCCGCCGGUCGUGCAGAAGAUCGCCAGGGUUCCACUAUCGCUGCGAUCCUGUUAUGCACAACACGCCAACGCGUCCCUACCAGCUUAUUCACAGACAUGUGAAAUAAAGCCAUUUAACGCAGUUCCCGCAGAGGGAUGUUUUGACCAAGAAUCUGUUGAUCAAGGCCAGCACUGGUGGUCGGAGAACGACCAAAGAUAUUCUGUUUCUUGA